GUUGGACGGCGGCCAGGACGCAGGCGUGAGGCACUUGCAGCCGAAGAGCCUUGGCGGCGUCCUUGCGUUCCGCCGUCCUGCUUUGGUGCUCCGCGGCGGCCGCCCGGUAGCUUUCAGGUGGAAAGAUGGCGUUUGUGAAGAGUGGAUGGUUGCUACGACAAAGUACUAUUUUGAAGCGUUGGAAGAAGAAUUGGUUUGACCUGUGGUCAGAUGGUCACCUGAUCUAUUAUGAUGACCAGACUCGGCAGAGUGUUGAGGAUAAGGUUCACAUGCCAGUGGACUGCAUCAACAUCCGCAUGGGGCAUGAGUGUCGGGAUAUUCAGCCUCCAGAUGGGAAGCCAAAAGACUGUAUGCUGCAGAUUGUUUGCCGAGAUGGGAAAACUAUCAGUCUUUGUGCAGAAAGCACAGAUGAUUGUUUGGCCUGGAAAUUUACACUCCAGGAUUCCAGGACGAACACAGCUUACGUUGGCUCAGAAAUCCUGUAUGAUGAGACAGCUGUGGCUUCUCCUCCUCCUUACACAGCCUAUGCCACACCACCCCCUGAGCAGACAUAUGGCUAUGGUCCAUACAGUGGUGCAUACCCUCCAGGAACUCAAGUUGUCUAUGCUGCGAAUGGACAGGCUUAUGCUGUACCCUACCAGUACCCAUAUGCAGGACUUUAUGGACAACAGCCUGCCAACCAAGUCAUCAUUCGGGAGCGGUAUCGAGACAGUGACAGUGAUCUGGCCCUGGGCAUGCUGGCCGGAGCAGCCACCGGCAUGGCCUUAGGGUCUCUGUUCUGGGUCUUCUAGAGUCCUUCAGAUCUGGACGUGCAUAGCUUCUGAUACUUUGUGUGCAAUAAUAUGAUUUGCAGGGCAUUUCUGUUGGUGAUAAAUGUUUUUAAUAAUA